CCCGUGGUUCCCGCUGAUCUCUUCGGAGUCCCGCGGCCAGGGGUGUCGGCUUUCCGCCGUAGGCAGCCGGUGCUGCACUAUCUAGGUCCCAGCCCCCCCUCGGCCCCUCCUUCGAUCGCUGUGGUCGGGUAGCGCCUGGCGGGCGGCCUGCGGGCGGGCCGUCCUCUCAGCGGUAGCCCACCCCCUCUUAAAGCCGCGGCGGGAAGAUGAGGUUUCGUGAGCCGUUCCUGGGCGGCAGCGCCGCGAUGCCGGGCGCGACCCUGCAGCGGGCCUGCCGCCUGCUCGUGGCCAUCUGCGCGCUGCACCUCGGCGUCACCCUCGUCUAUUACCUCUCCGGCCGCGAUCUGAGCCGCCUGCCCCAGUUGGUCGGAGUCUCCUCUACACUGCAGGGCGGCACGAACAGCGCCGCCGCCAGCAAGCAGCCCCCAGGAGAGCACCGGCCCGGGGGCGCGCGGCCGCCGCCUCCUUUAGGCGUCUCCCCUAAGCCUCGCCCGGGUCCCGACUCCAGCCCUGAUGCAGUUUCUGGCCCCGGCCUGAAGAGCAACUUGACUUCGGUGGCAGUGCCCACCACCACUGGACUGUUGUCGCUGCCUGCUUGCCCUGAGGAGUCCCCGCUGCUCGUUGGCCCCAUGGUGAUUGACUUUAAUAUUCCUGUGGAUCUGGAGCUUUUGGCAAAGAAGAACCCAGAGGUAAAGAUGGGCGGCCGUUACUCCCCCAAGGACUGUAUCUCUCCUCACAAGGUGGCCAUCAUUAUCCCCUUCCGUAACCGGCAGGAGCACCUCAAAUAUUGGCUGUAUUAUUUGCAUCCAGUUCUUCAGCGCCAACAACUUGACUAUGGCAUCUACGUCAUCAACCAGGCUGGAGACACCAUGUUCAAUCGCGCUAAGCUGCUCAAUAUCGGCUUUCAGGAGGCCUUGAAGGACUAUGACUACAACUGCUUUGUGUUCAGUGAUGUGGACCUCAUCCCGAUGGAUGAUCAUAAUGCCUACAGGUGUUUUUCACAGCCACGGCACAUUUCGGUUGCAAUGGACAAGUUCGGGUUUAGCCUGCCAUAUGUUCAGUAUUUUGGAGGUGUCUCUGCUCUCAGUAAACAACAGUUUCUUGCCAUCAAUGGAUUUCCUAAUAAUUAUUGGGGUUGGGGAGGAGAAGAUGAUGACAUUUUUAACAGAUUAGUUCAUAAAGGCAUGUCUAUAUCACGUCCAAAUGCUGUGGUAGGGAGGUGUCGCAUGAUCCGACACUCAAGAGACAAGAAAAAUGAGCCCAAUCCUCAGAGGUUUGACCGAAUCGCACAUACAAAGGAAACUAUGCGCUUUGAUGGUUUGAACUCACUCACCUACCAGGUGUUGGAUGUACAGAGAUACCCGUUAUAUACCAAAAUCACAGCGGACAUCGGGACGCCGAGAUAGCAUUUUGGUACAAAUAAGAGACCUGAGAAUGGCCAGAGGCCUCAGAUGUGUGCCUCUGCCAGUCGACUGGGCUGGUCCCUCUCCUUCGUACAGUCUGAAUGAUAGGUCGUCCAGAUGCCCAGCGUGAAUGUAAGGGUUUACCCACAACCCGGCUCGGCGCUGGACGAAAUUCUACAAGGUGUUUAUCAGUGUAAAAACGGUCAGUCUUUGGGGAGACUUCUUGGACAUGUCACCCCACAAAGAGUCAGAACUGUACACAGUUCCACGCUUAUCGACUGUGGGUCAUAUUCCCACUGUUGAAACUGCUAAAUUGUGACAUGGGUAAGAACUUUGCUUUAAUCAGUGAUGUUCAUACUUUGUGACAAAUGAGACUGCUGCUGGAUUCGAAUUGACAAGAUAUUCUGGGAUUUUUUUUUUUUUACAUACAAAAAUCAAAAUUUCAAUCAGUCUCGUGUUCUGUCCCUUUCCAUUGGUAUGCAACUAUUACAAUCACUGUGUGUGUGUGUGUGUUUUCUUAGCAAAAGAGUUUUAAAACUUGAGCCUGGAACUUGGUGUCCUGUUAGUGUGUGGAUUCCAAGGCCUUGCCCUCCGAGCAGGGCCUGGGCCCUCACUCACGAGGCCUGUCUCCGGAUCCCUGUCUGAUUUCUGAAUGUAAAGAGUCUUCUGUUGUUUUUGUUGUUUUGUUUUUGUAUUUAGAAGCAGUUUGUAGUAUUUUAAAGAAUAAAUCAAGUUUUGAUUAUGCUACAGGUUGAUUUUGUGUUGAUCCAGAUUGUGGAUCCAAAUCUAUUGAGUGUUUAAAGUUGUGACUUUAUUUUUCUGGGCAUGCUGUAUAAACUUGAAUUUCCUAUGUAUUUUUAUUGUGGUAUUUUAAGUGUGGGGGAAGGGAUUGAGUAUUUUUUAGAGGAAAAAAAUAAUGUAUGCUGUAGUAGUCACAAAAAAGCCUCUGAUUUAGCUGGCAGGCCAGGUUUUGUAAAGAGCAAAAUUACUUCCAGGUCCCUUGCUGAGGGAGCAGGUCAGCAAGGGACCUGCAAGACCUCGGUCAGGAAUGUGGGAGACAGCAUCUGCUUACCUGGCAGAACUCUCCCGCCCCCUCCCCCUGCUCCCCCAGGUGGGCAGGGCAGAAGGACCCCCAGCCUCCUAGAACUGAUGACCCCCCUCAUGGCCCUAGGCUGCUGGGUUGAAAAAUUACCGCAGUCAGGCUGUUUACCACCCCUCCACCUCGGCGCCACACUCCCUAACCCACCCAACGUUACCAGUUCCUAUUUUUCUCUCCUGCUCUUCUCCUCCCUUCUCUCCUCUCCCUUCUCACCCCUUUGCUUCCUUCCUGAAAUUCCCUGUGGCACUCAGGGUCUGACGAUUCAUUCUCCAGCAUGAUUGUGCCUUUUAAUUAGAUGUCUACACACCCCAUCCUUCCUGAGAAUCCCGGUGCCUAUAAAGCCCCCUCACCGCUCAGGGUUUUAGCAGGUGCUUCCACUGCUCAGUCUAACCCAUGAGAUGUCAUUCACAAAGCCACCUGUGCCGCACCUGUGGUGACACAGCCAGAAGCGCGCGCACUCAGAUCCUCAAACUGAGAGAGGGCUUCAGAGAUGAAGACUGGCUUGUGAUCCUAAGGUUCAGCUAUCGGAUCCCAGAGCUAAGCCUGGACCCCAGCCCUGAGUACAGAGGCCGCCUGGGUGGCUGGCCCUCGGCCUACCUGUGCCUUUAUUGCUUUGAGCACCACAGUCUCCAACUCGCUGCUUUCUCCAGAAGCCUUUUAAUGUGUGGGUUGGAAACUCUUCUCCCCAGUCAAAGGCUGUGUGAAAAUCUGUGCUCUCUCUGUUCCCCAUGCCUCUAGAAGGCCAUUAAGACCAAGACUGGAUGCACUGAGAAGUGUGCUUUCUUUCUUUCUUUCUUUCUUUCUUUCUUUCUUUCUUUCUUUCUUUCUUUCUUUCUUUCUUUCUUUCUUUCUUUCUUUCUUUCUUUCUUUCUCUCCUUCCCUCUCUCCCUCCCUGUCUCUUUCUUUCUUCCUUCCUUCCUUCCUUCCUUCCUUCCUUCCUUCCUUCCUUCUUCCUUCCUUCUUUCUUUCUUUCUGUCCCUAGAUCCUGAUUUUUCCAAAGUGCCUUAAAAGAAAGAAAACUGACACAUUGAGUGUGUUGCUUCUUUCUCUCCUAAAGCAAAACUCUGCCUUUUCUCUACCCUGUUCCUGUUGGGUUUUGUUCAUGUCAAAUAUGUGGUUCAUUCUCAGAACCAGGGGAAACUGUCUUGCCUGUUCCUCCCAUUUCCUCCUCCCAGCAUCCUUUGGGGCACCUCCAGCCCAAGGCACUGUUAGACCUGAGCAUGUGCCUGGCCCAGGAGAUGCCACUGGGGACUGGAGGAUUGCAGGGAUAGGGAACAAACAUUUCCUUCACCUGGGAAUUCUGACCCUGGUGUCACAGGCUGUGCCUUUCUCUGUCUAUAUUUUUGUUGGUGACCUGUGUCGAGUGGCCUUUGGGAAAGAGCAGAGGCAUGGGAAGGGGAAGGAAAUAUGCUGCCCCUUAGCCUGGCAGGGUCUCCACUGCCCACUGGACUAUUCCAGACCUACGAUGCUGUGCAUGUAUUUUGAUAUCCCAUGUGUACAAAUGUAUUUACCAUAGGGGGUGGGGAUGGGUGGCUGUCUCUGACCUUGAUGUUCAGAACAGACAUCUGUAUUUUGCCUUUGAAAUGCAGUAAUAUAACAUGAAUAAAUGACCCUCCCUUUGUAA